AUGUCCAACAACAGCAAUGCGGACAUCUGGAUAGCCGGUGCAUUCGCGGCAUUCACCGUUGAUCUGAUCGUAUACCCUCUCGAUACCAUCAAGACCCGGCUACAGAGUCCCGACUACACCAAACUCUACCGCAAUGGCACGAAUACCGGCUUCAACCCGAGCAUGUUUCGGGGCGUGUACCAGGGCGUGGGCAGUGUUAUCAUAGCAACAUUGCCAUCCUCGGGAGCCUUCUUCACCACCUACGAGGGCGUAAAGUCCAUCCUCGCGGACGCCAAUCCCACCGUCAACGCGAAACCCUUCGUUCCUACGCCAUUGAUCCACGCCGCUGCGUCUGGGACCGCCGAGUUGGUCUCCUGCGCGAUCCUCACGCCUGCUGAGGUGAUCAAGCAGAAUGCUCAGAUGGUGGACAACUCCCGGAGCGAUCGACCGCGGGUGAAUGCGACGUUGCAGACGAUUAAGAAGUUCAGAUCGAACCCACUGGCACUGUGGAGGGGAUACAGCGCGCUGGCAGGCCGAAAUUUGCCUUUCACUGCGCUGCAGUUUCCCAUGUUCGAGCGCAUCAAAGAGAGCAUCAGGCGAUACAGGGACGAACGGGGGAUACGGACAAACACACUUUUCGAGAGCGCCUUGAUCACGGCGGUCAGUGCUGGCUCAGGAGGAAGCAUCGCUGCUGUCGUGACGACUCCCGUCGAUGUGGUCAAGACGCGGAUCAUGCUCGCAGCCGUCCAAAGCGGCCCAGACAACGCAAAUGCCACUGCGAGCGAAAGUGCAAAGGUAGCCAAAGACGCCCUGGUCGAUGCCACGGGGAAGACAAUCGAAGCAGUCAAGGAAAACCCCCUAAAGAUGGUUAAGAACGCCACCCAGCCGAAACCGGGCCACAAGGGUAGUAUCCAAGUCGCCAGAGAGAUUAUCCAGGAGCAAGGAGUCAAGGGUCUCUUCCGCGGUGGUGCUCUCAGAGGUGUAUGGACACUGGUGGGCAGCGGUCUCUAUCUGGGAGUCUAUGAAGGUGGCCGCAUAUACCUCGCGCAGCGCAGAGGAGACGCGAUAGACGCGGAUGAAUAUGCACGAGCGUAA